AUGUUGCUUGAAGAUCAGCGAUUCAUUCACGAGGACCUCGAGAGGUUGGAGCAGGCUGUCGCCGAUCGCGUGGCCGAAGAACCGCGCAAUAUUCGGGAACGGCUUGCCCGCGACCAUGAACUUGCCACAUUCCUCGCGAGGAUCGAAGAACAGUCGAAGAGGCUUCUCGAAAUCUACAAGGACGCAGACGGGCUGCGGGAGAAGGAGGUGCAAGCGGUCACGACAGGCGAUCAGUUCGAGGGAUUCUACAAGCAGCUAGAUGACAUCAAGGACUUCCACAAGCGCUACCCGAACGAACCAGUCGAGAAUCUUGAGCGAGCAUACAAGCGCCGCCAGCCUGGCGAGGGCGAGGUGCCUGGCAUGGAAAUUGAUAAUAUGUUCACCGGUGAAGAAGGAUUUGGGCAAUUCCUGGAUCUCACCACAAUCCACGAGGAUUAUUUGAACCUUCCUGGAGUGAAGCGCUUGAACUAUAUCCAGUACCUUGAUAUUUUCGAUUCAUUCACGCCACCGCAACUGUUGAUCAAGCGGAAAGACAAGAUCUCUGACAAAUACUUCCGCUAUGUCGGCGAACUUGCUAACUAUCUCGAGGGCUUCAUCAAGCGAGUACGGCCUUUGCAAGAUUUGGAUCAAUUGUUCGCGGGCUUCGACAAAGAUUUCGACAAACAAUGGUCGGCCAAAGAGGUUCCGGGUUGGACGGAGGAAAAGGCUGAGAACGGUGUGCCUGGUCCGAAGACGGAGGGAACUGGCGAAGGUAUCUGGUGCGCGGACUGUGAGAAAGAGUUCAAAAAUGAGAACGUCUACCGGAAUCACUUGACCGGCAAGAAACACAUCCGUGCUGCCGAGGCCCGCAAGGCAGCUGGCACAUCAGGCGAGAAGCCAUCAGUACCUGCGAAUGGCGGUUCCUCGGGUGCCCAUAGUCUGAAAGAGCGUGCUGUCGCAGAGCGUGAGCACCGCGUACGGUGUCUGGCACAGGUCCUUCAGCCGGAGCGUCAAGCAACCCGGAUCAACGUGGAGCGGAAGCAGGGUAUGACGGAACGUGAACGGCAAAUGGAACUUGAUGCGUUGCUGGCCGAACCCGAAACUGGUGGCGAGGGCCGUUCAGGGGAUCAGUCGGACGAGGAUGACGAGGACCGGGUCUACAACCCGUUGAAAUUGCCGUUGGCUUGGGACGGCAAGCCCAUUCCAUACUGGCUCUACAAGCUGCAUGGCCUCGGUGUGGAGUACCCCUGUGAAAUCUGCGGCAACUUUGUCUACAUGGGCCGUCGAGCAUUUGACAAGCACUUCUCCGAGGCGGGGCACAUUCAUGGAUUGAAAUGCCUGGGUAUUACAUCGCAUACGAACCUGUUUCGUGAGAUCACUCGCAUUAAGGAUGCCGAGCGGCUUUGGGAGAAGCUGGAGGGAGAUCGCAAGAAAGACCGAGACAAUCGCGAUAAUGUGGUGCAGAUGGAAGACGCUGAGGGCAAUGUCAUGCCAGAACGGAUCUACCUUGAUUUGCAAAAGCAGGGUAUCCUUUAA